AUGAGCGUUAUAGCCGAAGAGAAUGCUCAUCGAGAGAGACAUGAGCGAGGAGAGUGUAAGUGUGAGGUUAUAUUUGAUAGAGCAGAAAGAGAGCGUCGGGAGAGAGAGCGGGAUAGUGAUUUGGAGGCUAGAGAUUUUAGGAGAGAGGGAGAGGAAAAUGGCAAUGGGAAUGGGAGAGAUGGAAAUGGAAGAGCUAGAACCAGGGGACGAGGAAGAGGCCGAAAUGCUGGUGCGAAUACUGCAGGUACAAUCGAUAACACUGGCGAUAACAACAAUGGCGAACGACGCGAUGGAAAAGGCACACAAACGAAAGAAAUUGGUGGAAAUAACGUUAUUAUGCAAGGAUCAAACAUUGAAUCUAUGAUGAACACUACACCACCGGGAUAUCGCAGCCCUCACCCCCGCGAUCCAGCCUCUUCCCACCGAUACUUCCAGAUCGCCAACGUCCACAGAGGAGGUCUAUACGACAUGAAUCCCGUUACGGGCGUUGUACCUGCUCGGCCCAUCGAGAACCCACCCAUUAGAACAAGUUCAUCUCCUAUGUACGGAGAUAUGAUGAUCAUCCCCCCUGAUCCAAGAAUGUCAAACAUGGGUGUCUAUCCUCCAGGACAUCCCAUUCUCGCCAAUCACAGAGUUGAAACUCAUGCAUUUCACCCUUUCGAGAUGCCUCCACCCCCUUCUUCAGGUCCUCCUAGCUAUCAGAGUCCCAGUUUCGCUCCAUCUACUUACAGCGAUGGAAAUGAUAGCACUAUCUACCCUGGAAACCAGUACUCUUGGAGUCCCAAUCCGGAGCCUAAUGCGACAAUGCCAAUGCCAAUGCACGUUUCCGAAAUAGCACCAGUUGGUGGCAUGGAUCCUCGAGCAUACGGUCAAGCAGGUCCACCUAGCCAACCUAGAUUUCAACAUGCUCCUCCUACUGUAUUUGCAGAUCCAACCAGCUAUCCAAUGAUCUAUCCGCAACACCAAGCCAUGAACAUCGAUGCCCAGCGAGAUACCUAUAACUACGCAGGCUACUACAUGGAACGCCCUCAUUUCAAUGCCAGCACCGGUGCCAAUACUAAUGCACAUGGCUCACCCCAAACACGCGCUCAAGGUGCUGCUGCAGUCUCCAUGGCCGAACACCAGCCAAUGAGCCGAUUUACUCGUGCUCCCACAUUCUCCCCUCUUCCUCGUGGUAUUUCUGGCGCAAGAAUGGUAUGGCACGCUCCGGAUAAUGGUUUACCCCCACUCCCACCACAGGUUCCCUAUCUAGGGGACUUGCCUUUGGUAGCCCCUGCUGCUCCGAGAUAUUUCAAUGAGGGUCAUAAUGGAGCUAGACGCAAUGAACGUCAUGGGAAUGGCAAUACUCAACGCAACACUGUUCAUAGAGCUAGAACCACUCAAUCUAUGGGACAACUUCAAAUGCAGAUGACUACUACUACCGGUCCAGUUCAAACUGAUUCUCAGGCGACACAAGCAACUACUCAAGCAAAUACUCAGGGACAAGCUCAAAUGCACUCUCAAGAUACACCUGCUACUAUGAACAUUUCCCUGUUGCGUACGCCAAGAGUCAUCAGCAGCAUGCCACGACCAAACUCAACAAUGUAA